GGGUCACGCGGUGCCUCCAUCGCCGCUUCUUCCUGUCCCCCUACAGUUGCUGCGGCCGUUGCGGGCGGCCUCGCCGCACCAUGGCUGACCAGCAGGACAAGGCCGCGCUGAUCGCCGAGACGAGGCGGCGCUUUGAGGCGGAGUACCUGCCAGAUAAAUCAGAUAAGUACGAUUCUAGAGAUGUGGAAAGACUUCAGCAAGAUGAUAAAUGGGUUGAAAAUUACCUGAUUUGGCGUCAUGAUGUUGUGGAUGAUACAUUAAAGAUGAUUGACGAAAGCUUUCAGUGGAGGAAAGAAUAUACUGUUAAUGACUUGUCCGAAUCUGUUCUUCCAAAAUGGUUGUUUGAAAGUGGUGCUCUCUUUCUGCAUGGAUAUGAUAAAGAAGGCUAUAAAUUAUUUUGGUUCAAAGUGAAACUUCAUGUAAGGGAUCAAAAACAGCAACUUGAUAAAAAGAAACUUGUAGCUUUCUGGCUAGAACAUUAUGCCAAGAGAGAUCAUGGAAAGCCCUUAACGGUGGUAUUUGACAUGGCUGAAACCGGAAUCAGUCACAUAGACUUGGACUUCGUUCGUUUUAUUGUUAACUGUUUUACAGACUAUUAUCCGAACUUUCUUACGAAGAUAGUGAUCUUUGAAAUGCCAUGGAUAAUGAAUGCUGCUUUUAAAAUUGUGAAGGGUUGGCUUGGCCCUGAUGCAAUAAGCAUGCUAAAAUUCACGAACAAGAGUGAUGUACAGGAAUAUAUCAGUGGAGAAUAUCUGCCACCUCACAUGGGCGGAACUGAUUCUUUCAAGUACAGUUAUCCUCCACUAGUAGAUGAUGAUUUUCAAACACCUUUAUGUGAAAAUGGGCCUAUCACUAGUGAAGAUGAGCAUGAAAGUAAAGAAGAGAUAGAUACCGAUACCAAGGAGCCUGGAGAUCUGAAUGAAGAACAAAACCUUAAUCAGAAAAAGAUGAAUUCUGUAGAACAAAUUUCCAAGUCAGAGGAAAAUGACAAAACAGAGUUCAAACCAAAGAAUGCAAAGAAAGCACUAACCACUUUUAAAGGACCUUUGUUACAUAUCAGUCCUGCAGAAGAACUAUAUUUUGGAUCCAAAGAAACUGGAGAGAAAAAGUGUUUGAUAGUUCUGACAAACGUCACUAAAAACGUAGUAGCUUUUAAGGUAAGAACAACUGCUCCUGAAAAAUACAGAGUUAAACCCAGUAACAGCAGCUGUGAACCUGGCACAUCGUUAGACAUAAUAGUCUCUCUUCAUGGUGGUUUUUCAGCUUCUCUGCAGGAUCGUUUCCUUAUAAUGGCAGCAGAAAUGGACCAGUCUUCUGGAUCAGGUGUACCAGAACUGGCUCAGUUUUGGAAAGAAGUCCCUAGGACCAAGGUGAUGGAACAUAGGCUCAGGUGUCAUGUCAUAGAAAGCAGUAAGCCUUCUACUCUGACAUUAAAAGAAAAUGCACUAAAUAUUCCAGCAAAAACCAACGAAGAUUUACAUAUGCAGCUAACUCAUUUACUGCAAAUUAAUAAAAGACUUCAAGAGCAGAUUGAUCGCUGCCUUUGGUUCCAGCAGUUGUCAGUUGUUUUAUCAUCAUUAUCAGUUACUAUUGUUGCCUUCUGCUUCUACCUGGCAUAUAGCCAGAGAAGCUAAAAAGAGCCAUUUUGCGCUAAAGAUGCUGCCUAUCAUGAUUGUCUGGAGUGGAAAUGAUUCCUGUACUACACUCAGAUUCCGGAACUGCCAACAUGAGGUUUGUGAGUCCACAACAAUGGAUGAGUUUCCUGCACAAUGAAGUGAAUGACCAAGAAGGGAAGUUAUUGAAAGUUGACACUUGGAACAGUGCAUGAAGGCGAUGAUAGAGCUGGGAGUUAUUUCCACUCUACAGCUUAAUAACUACUGAACUGGAAGAAGAAAACCAAAUACAACAACAUAAUUUAAAACUUCAGUUGCUUUUUUCUCUACUCGAGUACUUUAAAUACAGUAUUUCAGUUAUUUUCAUCAUAUUCAUUCCUACAUUCAAAAUUACUCUCACAGAAGGUGUAAGCAGUCUGCUUGAUGUAUUCUAAAGUUUCAUAUAUUCUUUCAGGAAAAUUUACAGAAAUUAUGUACUACGGGCAGAUUUUUUGUAUAAUCUAGGUACAGUCUAGUAUAAAGGAAGGUAUUUGUUAGUAAUUAUUUUGGUACUUCAGGGCCAUUGCUUUCUUUAAUUAAAUUCUUUUUUUUUUUUUUCCUUUUCCUGAAAGCAAGCAUACUGUAAAUAUUUUCUUCCAAAUAACAUGCACACAGCCAUACUGACCAGCAAAAUAAUCAUGGCUUGAUUCCAAAAAUAGUAAUGAAAUAGUCAUGCUGAGACACUGUUCCUAUUCCCUCCCUGUUUCUUAUUUUUAUGGGUUUUUUUGGAAGCAGCUCUUAGUGACAUUGCAGGAGUGUGACAGUUGGCUUUUGAUGGCCGAGUUAUGGUUCCUAAAGAGAUUAAUAAAUACUGUAAGGACGUACUCUGAGAUGUGCAAUAUGCGUAAAUCACAGAUGACUUUAUGAAAAAAAUCAAGCCAGAAAGAUUAAGUAUUACUGAAGGCGAUAUGAAAGUGUUAUUUCUACCAUUUCUCAGAAAAAUAUUGUAAAAAUGGUGUAUGAAGCGAGCAUUACUUUAUUCUAACAAGAAUUCUUUGUAUUCGUGGCUGUAAAUAUGUACAUUAAAAUGCUAAACACCUAAAAGGAGACUGAUGGUAUCUUUCAUAAAUUUAAUUUUUUAACUGUAGAUGAUGUCUAAUUUGUUUACUGGAAUUAAGUUUUGCUACAAUUUAGCUUUGUAAUAGAUUUAGCUUUGGUUUGUUGACUUCAAUAGAUAAUAAGAGAUUACUGGGGAGAAGUACAGGUCAUAAUCUGCUUCUGUCUUUUUGGUGAUGGUAUCUCUCCAGUGUGUUGUAGUUAUAGUAUCAUUUCUAGGGAAUAGAAGAGGACAGUUUUGAAAAUGUUAGUAAACUGAUUGACUAAGGAAGCAGGAAUGGUUCAAAGUGAUUACUAAGAACUACUGUGUAAAAGGCAAAUUGUCAGAAUUGCUUGGUGCAUGGUCUUUCUUCUGUACUUUCUUAAUUGAUACCUUAUUCUGCCAUAGUCUGUGUUUCUUAUUUUUUCAUUGAUCUGAUUUCUGUACAUUUUCCUUCUCGACAUUUUUUUCUGAAUGAAUUCACAGCUUACAUUAUUCACUGCUAACUGUUGAACGUUUAAGUUAUUUUCAUGUGCACAAACUUCAAAUGCUUUGCUUCCAACAAAAUGGAUUGUUGUCCUGUUGAGAAAAGUAACAAAGUGAUUUAUAACUUUCAGAUAAUAAUUACUAACCAUGCUAUUAAAAUGCUGAUUCCUUAAUUUGAGUGGAUUGAAUAGCACUUUACUGUAAAAUUGUGAGAAAUAUAUUCUUACAGUAUUUGCCAAUAUGAAUAUUUUAAUGUUUUGGUGCUUUCAUAAAUAUUUUCUGUAUUUUAUUACUAUGUUGGUAUUUUCUUUGUAUGAUGAAUCAGAUGAGCAUUUUUUUCUAUUUUAAUAUGUUCCAGAAAAAUACAGUUACAAAAUAAAUUUGAGGAAAUACACAGUC